CUCGUAGCGACCUCGCAAAAGUUCUCGGUCUUUCUGUGCUAUGUCUCUCUAUUAUGAGGCCGCUGACCUGUUGACCGCUCCAACUAAUGCAGGUGGCAGCUUGAAAUCCCGGAUUUUCAGCAAAAAGGACCUGAAAUCUCAGCCUGCACAGAUCUAUGCGCUAGCCAUUGAGACCUGCAAAUGGAGCACUGUCUUGAAAGAAGUGGUCGAAUAUGCAGAUUUACUGCGUCUUGAGCGCAAGGUGACACCCAUUUUAUCAAUUCUUCUGGUCCAUGACCUACUUCUCGCAAAACGAGGCAUAGCGCUUCCUGCAACUCAUGGUCUUCGAACUUCCAUUGAACGCCAUAAAGCUAGAUUACAGGCUGAGUUUACGAAAGCGAGGAUUCGUCGAAAGUUGAGUACUGUCGAAGCUCUGAAAGCGCAUAUCGAAUCGGGACUAGAAAAUGCGUCAGACACUUCAGACAGUCCUCAUCCACGAUGGGUGCGUAUCAACACGUUGAAGACCACUUUAGAAGAUCAGCUUGACACGACGUUCGCUGGUUAUGAAUACGCAACAACAGUCGAUGCAGUCCGCCAACGAGGAUCGAAACGCCUGUUCAUUGACAACAACAUUCCAAAUCUUUUGGCCAUCACGCCAAGCAUUGAUAUGUCAAAAAGCGAUGCUUACAGAUCUGGAGAUAUCAUAUUCCAAGACAAGGCAUCCUGCUUUCCAGCUUACCUCCUCGAUCCUCUUCCAGAGGAUGGUGACAUCGUAGACACGUGCUCUGCCCCAGGGAACAAAACUACACAUAUCGCGGCCAUCCUGUUAGCGCACAAUUCUGAGCCUGAUGAAUGCUCGCAAAGCAUUCACGCCUUUGAGAAGAACAAAGGCCGAGCAGAAACCCUCGAGAAGAUGGUCAAUGUAGCUGGCUCACAACCCUGGACGAAGCUUCACCCUGGACAAGAUUUCUUGAAGACUGAUCCCGACUCGCCUGCCUAUAAGAAUGUCGGAGCACUCUUAUUAGAUCCCAGCUGUUCUGGGAGUGGAAUCGUUGGGCGUGACGAGAUGCCAGAGUUGCACCUACCUAAUCUCAAAGAGGCUGCUAAGACUGGGUCAAAACCACCUAAAAAGGGUGGGAAAGCUGCUGAACCCAAGGACGAAUCUCGGAAACGUAAAAGGGAAGAUAACGCAAGUUCUCUUGAGGUUAUGGUCGACGAUGACGGAGAGGUGACAGCUGUCAAUUCAGAGGAAGACUUGAGAGUUAGGCUGGAGGCCUUGUCGAAAUUCCAGCUUGAACUGCUUUUCCACGCAUUCAAAUUCCCGGCAGCGCGGAAAAUCACCUACUCAACAUGUUCUAUCCAUGCCGAAGAAAACGAGAGUGUCGUACAGAAGGCUUUAGCUCACCCGACGGCAAAGGAGAGGGGCUGGCGCAUUCAAAAGCGUAGCGAACAGAUCAGAGGGAUGAGAGAGUGGCCGGUACGAGGAUUAAUCGAAGCUUGCAACAGCAAUGAUGAGCUCGCCGAUGCUUGCAUAAGAGCAAACAAGGAUGAUGAGCAUGGUACGAUGGGCUUCUUCCUGGCUGGAUUUGUGAGAGAUCAGCCAGAAGCCGUGAGCUUAGAUGCAGAAUUCCUACGAGACGAGCGUGGUCACCUUGUUCGAGAUCUGAUGGGCAUUCCAGUCAGGGUGCAGCCCCAAGAUGACAGCAUCGCAGGGUCUAAGGAUAAUUUCAAGACGCUGGCACAGUAUCAGGAUGAUGGAGAGGAGGAAGAGGAGUGGGCAGGUUUUGAAGACGAUGUUAAAGAGGAGGUUCCGAAAACGAAAGCGAUAAAAGCUGACCCAAGAUCCAAAGGACAAAAGCACGAUACCAGUUCUACGGAGAAAGGUAAUACCAUGAAGAAGCGACCACAACUGGGUAUCAAACCAGAUAAAAAACGAAGAAAGAAGUAAUAGACUUGUCG